AUGGAGGUUCUGAAACAGCUUUCAGAUCCCCAGUCCAGAGGAACAUUGUCGGAUCGCCUCAAUCCAUCACAUCCAUGCUUUGACAAGAAGCUCAAGGCUGGCUGGAAAGGCUUCUCCAAGAAGGAGCGAGCCGCCAUCGUAGAGUGCGACCAGAAAAAGAUGAACGCAAGCGUCAGCGCAGUGGUAUCUAUCGAGCAUCCUUUUGAUGCCAACGAUGACGAUCACUGCGAGACCGCACCGGAAGCUUACCGGGAUGUCGCUGAGGCGGCCAUGGCAGACCUUGAGGGCGGCAUGUGUUGGCCGGUGGAGUGGUUCAAGGAAGACCUGUUGAUCGAGAAGACCAUCAAUCGGUCAUAUCACGUGCCCAAGAUGAUGGAUCCCUACGUCAAGUCGCAGUCGCAGGACGUUCUUGAGAUUCCAAAGCCAGAUACGCCUGCGAAGAUGAAUAUCCUAGCAUUCUCUGACAGCAUGGGCUACUGCAAGAACUUGUUCGCAAACGUUCCGGAAGGAAGAAUUAGCAUGAAAAAGGUAGUGGAGAACUACCACACUCUCACACAAGAGGAUGUGAAGAGAUUGGUCACAGAACCCAAAAAGGGUUGGGACAUGGUAAUCUUUGCCGUUGGCUGCGAUCCACCUAGAAGCAACAGUAUCGAUGAUGUCAUCGAGCAGAACACCGUGAUCUCCAGACUGUACUUUUGGUUGGCCUAUGAAAUUCAGAGAUCUGAGAAUGCUCGAAAGAUUUUCUGCCUCGUCCGUGGACUGUUCCACGAGGACACCAAGACCCAUAUGAAGGCUGGUCUGGGCAUCACAGUUUGUGGCACCUUGUUCGGCAUGACCAACACGCUGCGACAGGAGCUGGAAGGUGUCGACCUGCACUUCUGUGACACAGAGUACUUCCUGCAUGAGGAGAGUCCUUUGUGGGUUCAAAUUGCCGCGGAAGCAUUUCGGGACUCCACCUUCGGAAUGAUCGAUGUGCGUAUCCUCGAAUCUGGCAGGUAUGUGCAGAAGCGCAUCUCCUCCAAGUUGUAUCAGGCUGCCAACAAGGAGUUUCCCAUGCCAGACAAGGGCGUCAUUUGUAUUUCCGGAGGAAACGGAGCCCUGGGUUUGGUCAUGGGCAACUGGCUCUUGGACAAGGCUGCGGAGCAAGGCAAAUCAGGCUUCUCCAUCCAAUUCCUCUCCAGAUCCAUGAAGAUCUCAGAUAUGAAUAUGCCUUUGUGGAAGGACAUUGAGGCCAAGGCUGCUAAACUUGGCGUCACUGUGGAGCAAGGAAAGAUGGACAUGUCCUCCAUGGAGGGCUGCUGCAAAUUCAUUGAGAAGCUGAAUGGAGAGCUGUAUGGCUUCAUCCACUCUGCUGGUGUCUUGCAAGACUCCAUGCUGAUGAACCUCACCUGGGAGAAAUUUGAGACAGUCUUCCAGUCGAAGCAUCAUGCAGCGCUUUUCCUGCACUAUGCUCUGGAGCAAAACCCGCAGAAGGACUUCCGAUUCAUGUGGAAUUUCUCUUCGACCUCCGUGUAUGGCAACAUGGGUCAGCUGAAUUACUCUGGAUCCAACUCCUUUCUGGAUGUGCUGACACGCCAUCGCAAGGCGAAGGGAAGACCAUCCCUGGCAAUUCAAUGGGGUGCCUGGGGUGAUGUUGGCAUGGCCGCGACCAUGACGGAUGCCAUGCGAUUGAGGACAAUGAACUCGCCCAUGCCAUACUUUUCCAACAAGGAAGGUCUGUAUGGCUUGGAGUGUGGUCUGCAGACUGGCUUGGCGUAUUUCAGCGUCUUCAAGUUCAACCCGCCAGUGAUGAUGGGCUCAGUGCAGUAUGCCGAUGCAGUGCCGGCCUGCUUCCACAGGAACCACUACAGCGAGGUUUGUCCGACACCUCCUGCUCCCACCCUGGAGCGAAAGCACUACUACACCAUCUACAGGAUGUCCAAGGGUCCUCAGAUGCUGGAUCCAAAAGCCACGCCUUUGGUGUACAAUGCCUACGUCAAGGAUGCAGCAGCAAAGUACGAGGAGGAGUGGGGUAAGGCUCCCAAAAAGCUGCGAAUCUACGAUCCCUUUUACUGUGCGGGAAGUGUGGUGAAACACCUCACGGAGUUGGGCUUCCCCCAAGUCUACAACAAGUGCGAGGAUUUCUAUGAUGUUGUCAGAGAUGGCCGUGUGCCUGAGCACGAUGUGCUGCUGACAAAUCCACCGUACAGUGGUGACCAUGUUGAGCAACUCCUGCGUUUCUGCCGCUCCAAUGGGAAGCCUUUCCUCUUACUGAUGCCCAACUAUUUCUGCGCAAAGGAUUUCUACGAGGAGGCAUUGGGUGGAGCCGCAAUGGCAAAGAAGGUCCUGUAUCUUUGCCCGCGGAAGCGAUACUUCUACUGGACGCCUAAAGGUUUGCGCAAACGUGGCAAGGUACAAACACAACACGCAGGGGCAGGAGGCAACCGCACUUCGCCUUUCAUCAGCUUCUGGUUCUUAGACCUGGAUCCACUAAUCUCCGCGAAAGCUUUGCUGCGCUGGUGGCAGGAGAACGAUCAGGACAGCGCUUGCAAGCUGUGCAAACUUACGGAUUUGCCAGCUGCUUGCAAGCCAAAGUGA